UACGCAUGCGCAGAAUGUUGCAGCGUGACACGCGUGUGGAGGAAGUGCGCUGACAGACGUGCGGCGUUUGCAGCCCUCGCGCUCCACUCAGAACCGGCCAGACUGUGCUUCACGUAUCCCCGGUACCAUCAUGUCGUGGCUGUUCGGUCUGAACAAGGGCCAGCCCGAGCCGCCUCCCGGUUUACCGGAGCCGCCUCCUCCUCCGCCGCCCGCCGGAGGCUCGAGCGGUGGAGGAGAUAAACCCAAGGACAAAUGGAGCAACUUCGAUCCCACCGGGCUGGAGCGGGCUGCCCAGGCGGCCAAGGAGCUCGACAAGUCCCGUCACGCCAAAGAGGCGCUGGAGUUGGCUCGCAUGCAGGAGGGCACCACUCAGAUGGAGUACCAGAGCAAAAUCAAGGAGUACGAAGCUGCUGUGGAGCAGCUCAAAGGGGAUCAGAUCCGCAUCCAGGCGGAGGAGAGGAGGAAAACCCUCAAUGAGGAGACCAAGCAGCACCAAGCGAGGGCUCAGUACCAGGAUAAGCUGGCCAGACAGCGCUACGAGGACCAACUGCGCCAACAGCAACUGCUGAAUGAAGAGAACCUCCGGAAACAGGAGGAGUCUGUGCAGAAACAGGAGGCCAUGAGGAAAGCAACCAUAGAGCACGAGAUGGAGCUGAGGCACAAGAACGAACUCUUGCGCAUCGAGGCCGAGACAAAAGCUCGGGCGCGCGUGGAGCGGGAGAACGCCGAUAUCAUCCGAGAACAGAUCCGCCUGAAGGCGGCCGAGCACAGGCAGACGGUGCUGGAGUCCAUAAAGACUGCAGGUGCCGUGUUUGGAGAAGGAUUCAGGGCUUUUGUGUCCGACUGGGAUAAAGUGACUGCAACGGUGGCAGGACUGACCCUUCUAGCUGUGGGGGUGUAUUCAGCCAGAAACGCCACUGGGGUGGCAGGACGCUACAUUGAAGCCAGGCUGGGAAAGCCGUCUCUGGUGCGCGAGACCUCCAGGUUCACUGUAGCCGAAGCCAUCAAGCAUCCCGUCAAGACGGCCAAACGGCUGAAGAGCAAACCUCAGGACGCGCUGGAAGGGGUUGUGCUCAGUCCUUCUCUGGAGGAGCGUGUGCGGGACAUCGCCAUAGCAACAAGGAACACGAGGCAAAACAAGGGUCUGUACAGGAACAUCCUCAUGUACGGCCCUCCGGGAACGGGGAAGACGCUGUUUGCUAAGAAGCUGGCCGUGCAUUCUGGAAUGGACUACGCCAUUAUGACGGGCGGCGAUGUAGCUCCCAUGGGCCGCGAUGGCGUGACCGCCAUGCACAAGGUGUUCGACUGGGCCAACACGAGUCGCCGCGGGCUGCUGCUGUUUGUGGAUGAAGCUGAUGCAUUCCUGCGCAAGAGAGCGACUGAGAAGAUCAGUGAAGACCUCAGAGCCACGUUGAACGCAUUCUUGUACCGCACUGGAGAACAGAGUAACAAGUUCAUGUUGGUGUUGGCCAGCAACCAGCCGGAGCAGUUCGACUGGGCCAUAAACGACCGCAUUGACGAAAUCGUCAAUUUCGCUCUGCCACGCCUCGAGGAGAGGGAGCGCCUGGUGCGGCUGUACUUCGACAAAUACGUGCUGGAGCCAGCCACAGGAGGGCGCCAGCGGCUGAAGCUGGCCCAGUUUGACUACGGCAGGAAGUGCUCGGAGAUCGCCAAGCGCACGGAGGGCAUGUCGGGUAGAGAGAUCUCAAAGCUGGGUGUGGCGUGGCAGGCGGCAGCCUAUUCCUCAGAGGACGGCGUUCUGACAGAAGCCAUGAUCGACGCUCGGGUCGACGACGCCAUCAAGCAGCACCACCAGAAGAUGGACUGGCUGCACGGAGAGGAGGAAGCAAGGAGCCUGACGCCUGAACUGGCCGGGGCCACAGGAAGUGGAGGGAAGAGGGGUUUCACUCUGCCCCUCCGCCAGGCGCCGCAGGCUCAGGAGGUGAUCGCCUCAGCCGUCAGAGAAAGCCACGGCGCGGCGGCAUCCUCAGAACGGAGCCCGUCAGCGGAUGGUUCAGCCGGACGGGACUGUGUGGACGCCUCCACGGCAGAGGAGGGGGGUUCAGAGCCCCCUGCUUCCUCACCUCCCUCUGACAAGACUGGCCCCCCCCCUUCAAAGGAUGGAACUCCAGUUUGAGGUUAAGUGGGACUGUGGAUUAGAAAUGUUAGCGUCCGGCCCUCCUAGCUAACCCGAACACGUCUGUGUGGGUUCAGAGGGAGAGAGAAACCGUGAACAUAACCGUGUCUAAAGCGUUGGGUCUAAUGUAUUCAUGUUAUCAAGUCUGCUGUUUCACCAUGAAACAGGUUCACUUUUUCAUGAGAAGUAAAGACUGAUGAAUCAAAA